AUGCUCGACGAGCAUGGCAUUUUAGAUAUAGACUUGGAGGAUGACGUUAAGGAGAUAGUACCGCUUCUGCGCGGUACGCUGACGGCGCAAGCAUCACCACCCAGUUCUGGGGAGUCGGUCGAUACCCCUCAAAGCACCGAUGGUGCAGACGUUGUUGAUUUGGGAGGAGACACUUACUUAUCUCCAAAUAUAGAUCGAGAUCUCUCACGGUCUGUCAGUAGGCGGCGUCGAUCUUCACAGGCGUCAUCGGUGUCAGCUGUCGAUCGCCGCAUCGCGCCUUUUGAGCCGGCUGUGGGUGUAUCUAGCACAAUGGCAAAUGCUUACCGACGACUAUUAGUACGGGUUGUUGAGAAUAGUCGCCACGCGAGGCUACCCUUGUUUAAUUCUACCACAGAUGAAGAGCCAUCGACUUACAACGAUCCAUUUAAUCUGCGACUCUAUCAGAAGGUAGAGCAAGACCAACGCGUUGGUGCUGCUGGUGAGCUCUGGGUCUAUGAGCUGCUCAGCAGACUCGACCCAAGUCUGCCAGGCUUUUUCUUGUCGAAUUGGUGCAGUACAAUCCGUGGAUAUGUUAGUAGCCAUCCUGACUAUAGCGAUCUUGAGUCCUGUGACGGGCCAGAGCCGAGUGAUAUUGUUUGCAAAGAUGACAGUGGUGUCUUUACAAACAUGCUAGUUGAGCACGGCUAUAUGGAAGCAUCAGUGCUUGACGAACCACCUAUCCAGUACUACAUCGAGGUUAAAACAACUACCACCAAGUGCAACACAGCUUUUUAUAUGAGUAAUUCACAGUAUAACAAGGUAUGGAUCCUUUUCAAGGUCUAUUCCAUCACAUUCUAA